UAUAAUUUCCGUAUUCUAUCUUUAUAUUUCUAUGGUUGCUAGUCUUGCAACUGACAGUGAUGGCAUUGUUCGCGCAUGAGAGACUUGGUUAUCAUUUUAAACAAGCAAUUGUCCAUAAAUUUGUGAUACAAAUAUGAUAAACUAAAUCAAAUUUUCAUAAAUAUAACCAAAUUAUGUUAUGAAAUUAAUCUUUUUUCACCAAAUUGUAUAUUGCAUUUAGUAAAUCUACUUUAUGAUAGAUCUUGAAAAGUUUUCAUAAACUUUUAGGUUAAAUUAAUAAAGGAGAAAAUAAAAUGCACACGAAAAUCUAUCAAAAUAUAUUAAAUUACUACAGAAGACAAGUACAUACGAAUGUGUCUCGAGUUUUGUUUAAUCAAUAUUACGAUGCGACUCACAAAAGACGAAUGCGUUCUUCACGUUUAUAUUGGAGCGGAUUUGGUAUUUUAGUCAUUGGUUUUACUUAUGCUUCCGUGCCUUUAUAUAGAAUAUUUUGUCAGUCAUAUAAUUAUGGUGGGACUGUAUCAACCAAUCAUGAUAACAGCAAAGUGCAUUCAAUGAAACCUAUUAAGGAUAGAGUGAUAAAAAUAAAAUUUAAUGCUGAUACAGCAGCCAUGAUGCAAUGGAAUUUCAAACCACAACAAAAUUUUAUAAAAGUUGUUCCUGGAGAAACUGCCUUAGCAUUUUACACAGCAAAAAAUCCAUUAAAUGUGCCAGUCACUGGUAUAUCUACUUAUAACGUAGUACCAUAUGAAGCUGCGCAAUAUUUUAAUAAAAUUCAGUGUUUUUGUUUUGAGGAACAGCAACUUAAUCCACAUGAAGAAGUUGACAUGCCAGUAUUUUUUUAUAUUGACCCAGAGUUUGUUGAUGAUCCAAAAAUGGAAAAUGUUGAAGAAAUUGUACUUUCCUAUACAUUCUUUGAAGCCAAAGAAGGAAUGACAUUUCCUAUACCGAGUUUCAUGAAAAAAUAGUAAAAAUUGUAAAAAAAGGAUGUUAGUGUUUUGACAAAUAUAUGUUCAGUACCUAAUAUGUUGUUAAUUACAUUACAUUGUUUAAAUUUUUGGGGAAGACAACGUAAUAAUAUAUAAUAAUAACUAUGUAUUUAUUGGUAAGCAUUAACAUUUAAAAAGAAUAUUAAUUGGAUAAGCACGUCUAAGACCAGAGACUUUUUCUCGAUCAAUAUGUAUCGCGUCAAUCUUUAAUAUAAGAUCAUGCUCCAGCAUUGCUCGUGUUUUUAAUAAUUUCUGAUGUUGAUUCUCUAAUUCUUUCAAUGUUCUGUGCAUUCUUUCUACUUGAUGAUUUAUUUCUCCAAUUUCCUUCUGAAGGCUGUCAAAGCAAAAUACAUUAAAAAGAUAUUAAAAGUU